AUGAAGUUCACCUUCGCUACCGGAGCUUCGCUCCUCAUGGUGGCUGCUCAGGCCCAGAACUCAUCGUGUGUUCCCGUCUACAAGAACCCGAACGCCGAUGUCGAUGACCGAGUCUCCGACCUCCUCAAGCGCAUGACUGUCGAGGAGAAGACCGCCCAGCUCAUCCAGGGUGAUAUUCGCGACUACCUCAACAUUACCGAUGGUCGCUACAACGAGACCGCCAUGGAGUGGAUCGCCACCAAGCGCGCCAACUCUAUCUGGACCGGUCUCUUCAUGAACCGUACCAUGGUCAGCCGUGGAGCCAAGCUCGCCCAAGACUACCUCGUCAAUGAGACGAGGCUGGGCAUUCCUGCCUUCAUCCAGAGCGAGGGUAUUCACGGCUUCCUCGCGAUCAAUGCCACCAUCUUCAACUCCCCAAUCGCUCACGGUUGCGCCUUCAACCCCGAGCUCAUUGAGAAGAUGGGACGCGUCAUUGGCGUCGAGUCGCGCGCUCUAGGCGUCAACCAGAUCUUCGCGCCCGUUGUUGAUCUGGCCCGUGAGAUGCGCUUCGGUCGUGUCGAGGAGUGCUACACUGAGGAUCCCUACCUGGCUGGCGAGUACGGCUACGCCUAUGUCAAGGGUCUCCAGGAAGAGAAAGUGUGUGCCAUGGUCAAGCACUUUGCUGCUUUCGCCACCCCCGAGCAAGGUGUCAACACGGCUCCUGUGCACGGAGGCCAGAGGGAGCUUCGCACCACAUAUCUUCCCCCCUUCAAGCGUGCCAUUAUCGAUGCCGAUGCCUGGUCCGUCAUGAGCUCCUACAACUCCUACGAUGGAGUUCCUACCAUUGCGGACCACCACCUUCAGGAAGAGAUCCUGCGCGAGGAGUGGGGAUACAAGAACUACAUCAUCUCCGAUGCCGGCGGUACCGCUCGUCUUGUCGACGCCUUCAAAGUCUGCGCCGCCGAGCCCUUCGACCACGAAUGCGUUACGACCAAGACCCUGCCCGCUGGUAACGAUGUCGAGAUGGGCGGUGGCAAGUACAGCUUCGAGCACAUCCCUGAGCUCAUCGAGGAGGGCAAACUCGACAUUGCCACUCUUGACCAGGCUGUCUCUCGAGUUCUCCGCGCCAAGUUCCUGACUGGCCUCUUCGAGACCCCCUACACCGCUGUUGACGAGGAUGAGCACUGGGACUACAUCAACACAAAGGAGCACAAGGCCUUGGCUCGCGAGAUUGAUGCCGAAUCCAUUGUCCUGCUCGAGAACCACGAGAAUGUGCUGCCCAUUUCCAAGAAGGCUCACGUUGCUGUCAUCGGUCCCAUGGGUCACGGCUAUGUCAACUCCGGUGACUACGUCAUUCACGAGGCCAUGACCCGUGGUGUGACUCCCUUUGAGGGUCUCCGCGAUGCCAGCGAGGGCACCGUCACUUUCACUCAGAGUGGUGACCGCUGGUCCAACUCGGAUGAGAAGUUCCCUGAGGCCAUCGCCGCUGCCGAGGCCGCCGAUGUUGCCGUCGUUGUCGUCGGCACCUGGUCUCGCGACCAGGAUGAGCUUUGGGCCGGUCUCAACGCCACGACUGGUGAGCACAUUGAUGUUUCCGACCUCAAGCUCGUCGGCAUGAUGCCCCGUCUGGUCAAGGCGAUCAUCAAGACUGGCACGCCCACCGUUGUCGUCUACAGCUCUGGCAAGCCCAUCACCGAACCUUGGAUCUCUGAGGAGGCCGCCGCUCUCGUGCAGAUGUUCUACCAGGGUGAAGAGGGUGGUCACGCUUUGGCCGAUAUUCUCUACGGCGAUGUCAACCCCUCUGGCAAGCUCUCUGUUGCCUUUCCCUACGACAUCGGCACCGCACCUGCGUACUACGACCACCUCAACUCGGCCCGCAGCUGGCCGAACCCUGGUCGCAUCUACCCUAACGGCACCCUUGUCUUCGGCAGCAACUACGUCUUCAACAGCCCUCUUCCCAUGUAUGAGUUCGGCUACGGUCUCUCCUACAGCGAGUUUGUCUACUCCGGUCUUGAGGUUUCGACCAAGACCCCCUCCGCCGACGAGACGAUCACCGUUUCCGUCAACGUGGAGAACAAGGGCAAGCACGACGGCAAGGAGGUUGUCCAGGUCUACAUCAAGGACCUCGUUGCCUCAGUCGACGUGCCCAACAUCAAGCUCAAGGGCUUCAAGAAGGUCAACAUCAAGGCCGGUGAGACUCAGAAGGUUGAGAUUGAGCUCGACGUCGGCGAAUGGGGUCUUUGGAACCCCAAGAUGGAGUAUGUCGUUGAGCCUGGCGAGUUCCGCAUCCUGGUCGGUAGCUCCAGCGCUGAUUUCCGUGCCAACACCACGGUCACUGUUGCCUGA